GUUGAUGACCUUCCAUAUUUGCAGGCAAUGAAUGGUCAAUAUCUCUGCAACCGGCAGAUAACAGUGUCCUAUGCAUACAAGAAAGACACUAAAGGGGAGCGGCAUGGUACCCCAGCAGAAAGGGUUUUGGCUGCAAGCAAUCCAAGUGCUCCAAAGAGCAGGCCCCACACCUUGUUUGCGAGCGGACCUCCUACACUUCCCAACGUUCCUCAGGCCAAUGGUAACAUGGGUGCUCCAAUGCCGCCACGUCCCUUUGCAAAUGGUGUUGUUCCUCCGGUCCCAAUUCCCGCAAUGCGCCCCCCACCCCCACAAAGUGGAGCCUACCCACCCAUGCAGCUAGCUGGACCACCAUCUUGGCAAGGGCAGCCUCAGCAACCGGGUCAACCAAUGCAACCACCUAUGAUGCCUCCGCCCCCACUUCAGCAGUUCAGGCCGCCUCCCCCGAACAUGCCACCACCCCCUCAACAGGUAAUGCCAGCUCUCUCAAGACCUCCUCCACCACCAGCAUUAAUGGGGGCCCUCCCCCUGUUUGGCGGCCACCCCACCCCCUCAGCAAAUGGCUGGGAGGCCCCCUACUAUGCUUCAGAUGUCAAUGCCGCCACCUCCACCACCUCCUGCAGCAGGUUGAAGAGAAGUUGA